AUUCCUCUAUUUUGAAUAUAUUCAUCAUCGGUGUGAAAUUUCAGAGAACUCCAUAGUUCCUUCUAUUCUGCCUCCGCCCGAUCAACACAGCUGCACCACCGUAUUCGCCCGCCGAUAGAACAACCCUUGCCUCGUGAGAUAAAAGAUGCCGAAGGUAAAGACAAGCCGAGUUAAAUAUCCGGAAGGUUGGGAGUUAAUUGAGCCAACACUCCGCGAACUUCAAGGAAAGAUGAGGGAAGCUGAGAAUGAUCCACAUGAUGGAAAAAGAAAAUGCGAGACGUUAUGGCCUAUAUUUAAAAUUGCACACCAGAAGAGUCGCUAUGUAUUUGAUCUCUACCAUCGGAGGAAGGAAAUUUCUAAAGAAUUGUAUGAGUUCUGUUUAGAUCAAGGAUAUGCUGACCGCAAUCUAAUCGCAAAAUGGAAGAAGCCUGGUUAUGAACGUCUAUGCUGCUUAAGGUGCAUGCAGCCACGCGAUCACAAUUUUGCCACCACCUGUGUUUGCAGAGUACCAAAACAACUCAGGGAGGAGAAGGUUAUAGAAUGCGUUCACUGUGGUUGCAAGGGCUGUGCAAGUGGAGACUGAUUGAACAUCAAUUGAAGUAUCAGGAGGAGGGUUUGUUCUCGUUUUGUUGUACUUUUGGUUUUCUGUUCUUGAAACCCUUGGUGGAGCUCAACUUCUCCUGGUUGUAUUAAUGUUUAUUAACUUCACAAGAACUAUUCAUUGGGAUAUCAGUUAAUUAUUAAUUAUGGGCAUUGGGCACCAUCUGCAUAGUUCAAAACCUGACUGGUCUUUCUGUACUUUCACAUUGAUGAUUUGACAUGUGUAUUUUGGCCAA